UUAAAAAUUCCUGUGUUAAGUUUCAGACAUAUCUAAAGUUUAUGAAAGGGGGAGAGGCAGAAAGAAAUAAUGAAGGCUUUCAUAACUCGAGAUUCGAGCUCCUCAGAUGAGUCCUUACUACCCCCCUCCUUUAUAGCAGCGCACCAUGAGGAUCCGUUCCAGACCCGUGGUUCUUCCAUCGUCUAUCCUGAUGCAAGGCGGAAUAUUUUGAUGGACAUCAACAAUGCUGAAAAUACUGUUCUGCCUCUACCUUCAGAUAAGGAUACGUUAAAGGUUUUUCUGCGAGUUAAACCUAGAACAGAAGAGGAGACUAAAUUGAGCAAAGAGGGAGGAUAUACAGAGAAUGAAAUCGUGAAUCUAGAGUCGGAGCACCAGAUUGCCUUAACAGCACCCAAGGAGAGUAAGGCGUACAAGAACUCUAUAAAUGGCGUCGGAAAAAUGACGCAUAGAUAUACUUUUACGCAGAUCUUUGAUUCGACAAUCAGACAAAAAGAGAUAUUCAGCCUGGUUGUACUGCCUCGGCUUCAGGAUUGUCUAGAGGGACAGAACCAGUUAUUGUUUACAUACGGCGCAACCAGCUCAGGAAAAACCUACACCAUUCAGGUGAGCGCUAAAGAGAGACGCAAGGUUAAGAGCGAUAUUCCACUUCGACCCAUCGGCUACAACAGGGUUAUUGGGGCCUCAGACAAGGACUUGGAAAGAACAAACAAGUUAAAGGAGGAUGUAUUUAAACUUGGAUUGAAUCUGAUUAAACGGAAACGGUCACCAGUUUCUUCCAUCAAUUCAAGUCAACUAAGUCAGGCUAGUGGUACAAGUGCUGUUAGUGGUAUGUCACUAGAUUCUCUUGAUGGAUCGGAGUUGUACAAUCUCUUCCCAGCUUUAAAUAACAGGAACAGAAAUUCGACGAAGUUAAGCGUAAAGGACGAAGCUAUUGUGUACACAGUCUGGAUCUCAUUCGCUGAAAUCUACAACGAGUGCGUCUUUGAUCUUCUAGAGAAGAUUCCUGAGGCGAAGAAGAAGGGAGAGAAGGUUCGGCGCCAUGUUCUUAAACUUUCUGAGGAUAAGGACGGGUCAACCUUUAUCAAGGAUAUCACGGAGAUACAGGUCUCCUCUGCAGACGAAGCCUACCAAGCUAUGAUGAUAGGACGUGAGAAUCUUCAGUUCGCUGCAACUAAACUCAAUCAUCAGUCUUCUAGGAGCCAUUGUAUCUUCACUAUUAAGAUCAUAAGAGUAGCAGAUACUAAUAAUCCACAGUUUGCUAGGGUGUCAAUGUUGAGUUUCUGUGACCUGGCUGGUAGUGAGAGAGUUAGUAAGACCCAGACUGUUGGGACAAGACAGAAGGAAGCGGGAAACAUUAAUACAUCUCUUCUUGUUCUUGGAAGAUGUAUCAAAGCAAUCCGAUCCAACCAGGCCUGUAUAGAUGUAAAGAAGCAUCAGAUGAUUCCUUUCAGGGAGUCUAAACUUACUCGUCUGAUCAAGAAUUAUUUUACCGGACUAGGCAAAGCAAGUCUUGUGGUCUGUGUGUCUCAGGCUCCGUAUCUGUUCGAUGAAUCUAUUCAUGUUAUGAAGUUUGCUUCCAUAGCAACCAAAGUGACAGUUGAACAGUUCAAGGCCCCUGCCCCGCAGCCUGCUGCCCGGCGAACCACCCGGUUCAGUUCUAUUCUAGCUAAGGGUGGGAAGCAAAGUUUCGGACAAUCUCUUCUAUCUGGUCGAGGAUCUAUAGCCUGGGAACCAUCUUCAAGAUCAACCAUGAUACCUGACUUUACUAACGGUCUUGUUCCACCUUCCUUUGCUCCUUCCUCUAGAUCUACCAUCUGCCCUCAGAUCAAUAUAACCGAGGUGGAUGAGGAGGAUGAGUCUGAUGUCCAGGAUGAAACAAUAUGUGAGUCUGCUCAGUAUCACGCUCUCCUGGAUCUAGUGGAAGAUCUUAAACUUAAACUUAUCGAGGAGCGUAAGAAGAAUAAAACGCUGGAAAGAAAUAUUAGAGAACAACUUUGUGACGAAUUCAACGAAAUGUUAGUGGAGAUCGAAGAGAUGCACACAGGACGGUUAGAGAGGGAGAGGGAGAAUAUGAAGGAACGAAGUGAAUGGAGAAUACAACAACUUCAACUUGCCUACAAGAAUAAGGGAAACAAGCGUAAGCGUGUCGGCGAUUCGGGCGAGGAAUUUGAUGGAAAUGAGAUGAAAAUUGCAUCUUUAGAAAAUCAGGUUUCUGAAAAGUGUAAGGAGUUUGAGAACUUGAAUAACCAACUGCAGGAGGCAGGAUCAGUGGAACAGGCCCUAAAGGACACACUUAAAGCAAGUAAUGAGGUUAAGGACAAACUUCAAGAACAAAAUAGCAGCUUACAGUUCCAACUAGCGGAUCAGCAGCGAUUAGCUGCUGAGAUAGGCAGGGAACUUCUUGCAACGAAGAAUAGACUCCACGAAGAUCAAAAGUUGAAUAUGGACAAGUUAGAAAGCGAGGAAUCACAGAUUAGUGAGCUGAAGAUACAGGUGACCAACCUAAUGAACAGCAUGGCUGCUAAGGAAGACGAGUGUCAAGACAUGAAGGAACUUCUACAGGAGGCAGGUGAUGAGUUUUUGGAGAAACAGGAAGAAAUUAAGAAACUAGAAAAUGCUGUGACAGUUGUUAACACAGAAUACAUGUUUUCAUAUUUUUUGCUACCACAUAAGUCAUACGCUGAUAUAGACAUAUAUAUCCGACCUCCGUUUUGA